GGAAAGUGGGGCUACCACGUGACCCGGCUAUCGAAACAUGGCGGCCUCCUACUGGCUGGGAGACGAACGUUCUCUGACAAAGGGAAGACACCCUUCCAUUCGCCUCGUCCGUAUGACAACACAAUAACGCAUCAACCGCUUUUAGAGUGAGCCGUGGGCCAAAUGAAGAAGUGACAGCCGGCGGCCUUUGUCGAUCGCAAGCCCGCCUGCCCAUCUGCAGCCACGAUGCCACACGUCGACCCGGUUCUGGUGGAGUCAGCCGUGGUGUCGGCGGUGGUUCUUUGCGUCCACACCGCGCUGUGGAACCAGCACUCGUGGUGCGCCGUGGCCUUGCUCAUCCAGGCCUUCUACGUGCAGCACAAGUGGGACCGCUUGCUAAAGUCGGGCGGCGCCGUUUUCCAGUUCCGCCCCGCAGCCAACAGCGGCAUCGUCCCGGCCUCCAUGGUGAUGCCGCUCUUGGGUCUGGUGCUGCGGGCCAAAUGCGCAUCAGCGGGCAGCGUCCACUUGGAGCGCUUCACCAUGGUGGUGACAGUGAGCGGCAUGGUCCUGGCGCUCUUCCUGUCGCUGAUCGCGCUGGGCGUCACCAGACCGGUGCCCGUCAACACCUGCGUGGUGGCCGGCCUCUCGGCCAGCGCCAUUUUGUACACCGCCAAGCAGACCCUGACGGUGUCGGAGGUGAUCGAAGUGCUGGAGGUGCUGCUGAUCUUCGUCUACCUCAGCCUCAUUGUGCUGUACCUGCUGCCUCGCUGCUUCACGCCCGGCGAGGCGCUCCUGGUGGUGGGCGGCGUCAGCCUGGUGGUCAACCAGCUCAUCAAGCGCUCGCUGAGCUGGGCCGAGGCCAAGGGGGCCGAUCCGGUCCACUACCUGCUGCCCGUGCUGGUGGUGGGCUCGCUGCUGCUGGGCGUGGUCUUUGCGCUGCUCUUCUGCUUCAUGGAGUCGGAGACGUGGGUGUCGUCGCUCUUCUUCCACACCAUGACGGCCGUGCUGGGCCUGGGCAUCCUCAUGCCGUGGCUGUCGCUCUUCAUCGGGCGCCAUCCCAUCAUGUGGUUGUGGGACUUUAUCACCUUCAACCGCCGCCGCCUGGGACUCGUGGCCUACUGGGCGGCGCUGUGCUUGGCCGCCACCGGCGUGGUACUGCACCAGAACUACCAGCGCCGCGCCGGCUCCAAGAAGCACCGGGCCUCCACGGUGGUGCGCAAGUACUUCCACGUCCUCGUGGUGGCCACCUUCGUCCCGGGGCUCCUCUACGACAGCCAGCUGCUGCACGUGGCGUCGGCGGGCUGCCUGGCCGUCUUCCUCUUCCUGGAGUACGUGCGCUACUUCCGGAUUAAGCCGCUGGGCCGCCCUCUUCGCCAGAUGCUCACCUUGUUCCUGGACGAACGUGACUCGGGCCCGCUUAUCCUCACCCACAUCUACCUCCUGCUGGGCAUGGCGCUGCCCAUCUGGAUCUUCCCAGGGGCCUGCGCGCCCAAGGGGACGCUCCCCGGGGCCGGCGGCUUGGUGCCCUACGCCGGCGUGCUGGCGGUGGGCAUCGGCGACACGGCGGCGUCGGUGUUGGGAAGCGCCGUGGGCGAGAUCCGAUGGCCGGGCACCAAGAAGACCAUGGAGGGCACGGCCACGUCCGUAUUGGCCCAGAUUGUCGGCGUGGCCUUGCUGCUGAUUUUCGACGUGGGCGUCAACCUCAACGGCGCCUACUCCUGGAUCCUGAGCUCAGUGGCGCUGGUGGCCAUGCUGGAAGCGUACACCUCGCAGAUCGACAACCUGCUGUUGCCGCUCUAUCUGCUCAUCCUGCUCACGCUCUGACAGGACGACAAGAGCGGCGGGCGAGGAACGGCGCAAAAGACGCAGACGGCAAAACCCAAACCGGAACGAGCGCAAGGCUGUUGACGUGCCUACGGAUCGCCUUGGAAAACAUUUUCAAAGUUAGGGGUAUGACGCUUUGGGUUGAAAUUUCAGAAUGAAACGAAAUGAUGAAAUGAAACGUUAUGCAUCGUUUGAACCUUGAUUCGAAAGGUCCCUAACCAACCAUUCAAUGAAAAUAUAUUGUACAAAUACAAUAUUUUAAAAAAACGAUCCGUUCUUACUUGCAUACAACUGAACUGUACAUUCUCUCGAGGGGGCCCGCAUACCGCAUGACAGCGUUCCUCGUAUUUGCAAUUUGUGCAUUUUUUAGGGGGGAGAGGGGGAGAACCUGUUAUUUUUGCCAAUAAUACAUCCCUGAGAUUGAAUAAGAAGUCAUUAAUUAUUGUUAAAUAAAGUGAAACAGAAAAAGCAAAAAUGAAUGCCCGUCUAAGCAAUUAUUUUUGACGAGGCUAUGCACAAAUCAUGCAACAAAGUUCGUUUUUCAGUCAAGGAUGGAUGAAAAGUUCUCCAAAUAUGACGUAUGAACAAAUUGGCAAAUUA